AUAUAUCGUUUGGUUUCUUCCAAUCUAAAAAGAUUCAGAUCCCAAUCUCUCUUCUGCAGAAAACGGCAGAGAAAAGAAAAACGAAAAAAAAAAAAGAGAGAGGCCAAAUUCUGCAAUCAAAGCGUUUCUGCAUAAGAAGAGAGAUUGAAUUUAGAAUCGUUGAAGAAAUUCUCUGCAAAAAUGUUAUCGAAGAGCUUCAAGGCCGGGAAAUGCAAGACGUCUUUGAAGCUUGCGAUGGCUCGCGUAAAGGUUCUGAAGUACAAAACAGAAGCUGAAGUGAAGCAGAUGAAGAGAGAGUUAGCUCUGAUUCUUGAAGCUGGCCAGGAACAGACUGCCCGGAUUCGGGUUGAGCAUGUCAUUAGGGAGGAGAAGACAAUGGCAGCAUAUGAUAUUAUCAAACUAUAUUGUGAGCUCAUUGUAGCACAAUUGCCAGUAAUUGAAUCUCAAAAGAACUGUCCCAUCGACUUGAAGGAAGCAAUAUCCAGCGUAAUAUUUGCAUCCGCAAGAUGUGCAGGCAUACCAGAACUCCAGGAUGUUCGCAAGCAUUUCAUAGCAAAAUACGGGAAGGAGUUCACAACAGCUGCUCUUGAACUUAGGCCUGAAUGUCGUGUAAACCAUACAAUCAUAGAGAAGCUAUCAGCAAAAACACCUGAUGGUGAGACAAAAAUUAAGAUUCUGACUGCAAUUGCCCAUGAACACAAUGUCAAAUGGGAUCCUGCAGCUCCCGGAGAGCAACUUUCCAAUCCUUCUGAGGACUUGCUGAAUGGACCAAAUGUAUUUGUGACUGCCAGGAGGAUGCCCAGGGAAUCUCAUAACAUUCAAUCCCAACCUCCUGCCAGCCAAAAUCAUGAACCUGCUACAAAAUACUCGGACAAUGAUGCCACCAGAUCAUCACCAGGUUCUAGAACAUUUUCUUCUACAAACGUCAGCACUCCAACUGCUUCAGUGCCUACAACUUCUCGUUCUAGAUCAAGAACUUCAGAAAGUAAAGCUGGACAGGAGGAUUUCAGAAAUUCAUUUCAGAAGGAUGAGAAUCGUUCAAUGAAUAGGUGGAAUUGGAAUAUGCAAUUUCCUGAUGCUGCUACCGCUGCACAGGAAGCUGCAGAAUCCGCGGAAAGGGCAAGUAUAGCAGCAAGGGCAGCUGCAGAACUCUCAAGCCGUGAGAAGAUCAAGAGAGAGUAUUCCACCAGUUUGGAUGAAUUGCCUCGUUAUGGUCUCAGAGAUGAGGGGUCCGGAAGACCAACCAGUUCAAUGCAGAGGGGUGAAGAUGUUGAAGUUUUAGGAAAGAUGGAAGCUGAUCAUUCCUAUUGGAUGAAGACGAUGUCUCAAGAUCAGAACAGAGAUCAAAUUGGACAACAUUGUCCUCUGGGAGCAGCGGAAAGCAGAUAUGAUGAUCCGGGAAGUGUUAAGAGCAGAACUAGUAGGUCUGUUUCCUCUCACUCCAGUGUUACUUCCCUUGAUGACGACAGCACAGCAUCCAAUCUCCAAAAUUCUCAGAAAAGCUCAUUUCGUGCAGAAGCGGUUGACCUGAAUUGUCAGAGAAGAUGUUCUGAGAUGGGUGCUUUUCAUGGUGAGAGGGAUGGAGUAGUAGGAAGUAUCCAGAAACAGUCUAGCAGAUCUGUUUCCUUUCAUUCUAGCACGAGUUCUGUCAAAGAUUAUCCCGUUGUGGACCGGAAUACUCAAAAAUAUGGAAAUGACGCUGAUGGACAGUCCUCAAUCAGUACCAGACUUGGAAUUGCCAAAAGAGGCAGUAAUCAGCCUAUUUUGAGUGAUUUUUCUGCUCCAGCUUUUGACAAUUCCGACACAGAUGGUGAUAGUGAUUUGGAAUUUGAUGGAGACAGUAACAGGCAUGAAUCAAGGUUUCCACUUAAAGGAACGAAACCACCAUCUCACUUAUCAUCAAAUAUGGAUUCUUGGAGCCCCCAGCAACAAAAAAGCCAAAUUGGAUACAUUCAGAGUGACAGCCCUAGAAUGCAUUUUGUAGAACCCCAACUCCAAAAUAUCUUUCCAACAAGGGCUAGUGAAUCCAAAGUCCCAUCGCAAUCUGAUGAUUUGUCGCCUGAAGCUUCUGAUGACUUGGAUGACCUGCUUUCCAGUAGUGAAGAAGAGACAAACAAGUUUAAUCUCAGAGAAAGAACUGAACCUGGCAUUUCACAUCUUAAGCAGACCAUCUCCACUAGAAGCUCAUCAUCUGCCCAAACUGGCCGCAGACCUGCUGAAUUCUCCUUUCAUGAGAAAAAGGAACCUGAAGGUGUGAACAGAAAUGCCUGGUCAAAUGCCCCCGAUGAUUCAGAAACAGAAAUGCCUAGUCCACAUACCUUGCUCAGCAAUCAGCUGCUUCCCAGACACCCAAAAUCCCCAAGGAAAUCAUGUAAUGUGGACAGGAAAACGUUUUACAGAUCAGAGGUUGAAGAACAGCCAUCUCUGCUAUCUUCUAGACUUGUGUCUGCCAAGGAAGUGAGGACUAUGGAUACCUCUGAAGAACUACCGUCGCCUGCUAGUACUAAAAAUUCAGAAGUUCCAAGCUACUCAAGCAAUGAAAGCGGCAAUGAUUCAAACUUGGGAAGAUUAAUGGGUGGUCUUAGAAAUAAGGGUCUCAGCCGGCCACCUUACAUGGGGAAUCAUCCCGCUGAUACUUCACUCUCAUCCAAACAAAAGACUGUGGAAGAAACUCCCGCCACCUUUCAGGAACCACCAUCUGGUUUCCCCUCAGUCAAGUCCUCACUGAGUUCUGAACCUCGCAAUCAUGAGCUAUACAAUCAGAAGCCACAUAUUAAAGUUCCUAAAACAUUGAUCCCAACUACUUUUGAUUCGAAUAGUGACGAUGCCAAGGAGGUGCAGCCAAACCAAACUGUUGGCAAUGGAGGUUACCAAGGCAAUGUGCGUUCUUGCAGGGCAAGGGAUUCUAUGUUCCAGUCAGCUAAGGGUAAUCCUUUAAGGUUCACUGACAGGUCUGGGGCACCAGUUCAAUCUGAUUUCGGUGCAGGAAGCAGGCUCUCUCAACCGAAUUCUUCUAUGGCCGAACCUCUUUCUAAGCCUCUGUCCCAAACUCCUGUCGCGGGAAGUAGAGAAAAUUCAAUAUCAUCGCAGCCUAAUUCAUCAGCCAAACGACAGUCUUCAAAUCCUCUUCCACAUAUCACAAUUUCAACACACAAAGAAAGUGCAAAGUCAGUGGCACCGAGUUCAGAAGCCAAUCAGCCACCCAAGACUGUGACAUCAGGGAGCAAUGGAACUCCAAAGCCAGGGAGUUUGAACGAGGGUUCAACAUCUAGGGAGAAUUCUCUCAAAAGUCUUAGUCAUGUUCACCCAAAGCUUCCUGAUUAUGAUACGUUAAAGGCGCAGUUUGAGUUGCUCCGGACAAAUCGACGUUCGCAAUAGGUUCGGAAUCUCAACGAUUGUAUUUUUUUUUUUUUUUCUGUCAGGGAUCUUACAAUAAUCAGAUGAUUAAUCCCAUGUGUACAUGUUGCUUCUGUACAUGAUCAAAAUAUAUUUGAAGCGUGCUAUAGUUUUCUGAUACAUUUAUUCAAGAUUUGAAACAAGUCUGUGAAUAUUGAAAUGGUUUUACGAUUUGUCCUUUGUAAUUCACCAGUGGAUAUAUUUCUUUUUCA